UUUCUGGAGACAAGUACAUCAAACUCAUCUUAACGCUCUCGAGCAUUGCACGUACGCGCAACCGCAACGAAUUAUUCAACUAAAAGUGACGCGUUAACGAACUCGAAACGUUCUUUUCGGUGUGUUUUCUAAAUAAAAAAUUUUCGUGAAAAUGAAAGUGUUCGCCAUCUUAGCCACCACUUCCUUGCUCUUCGUGAGCUGCGCUUGGGCCGCGCCAAGUGUACAAGAUAAUCGUGUCGAAGGUGAAAAUGGCAGCUCAUUGGCGCUUGCAGCCCGCUACCUUGGCAGCUGCUUCGAAGCUGAGGAUAUGACCACAUGUUUUGCCGUCAAGGGUAUUACGGCAUUGAACCGCGCGGCUAGAAGCAAUAAUAUCGAACUCGUCAAUGGCAUUUCGUUCAAAAGAGAUUCCGCUUCCGCCGUGGCACGCAGCAGUAAAGCUUUGAGCGAAAACGAAAUAUAUGCGCAAUUACCGGAAAAUGCUGAAGAACGUAACGGACGCUUGGUCGACAUUGCUAUGCAAAACGCUGCUGAUUUCUUGGGCUCCCACAGUUUGGAAGUGAAAAUUCCCGCUGAAGCUACACAAGAUAUGGCACGCGCACUCGAUGAAGGCCGUGGUAAAUUGAAGAAGAUGUUGGGUCCGAUUGCUAUCGCUGUUGGUGCCAAACUCUUUGCUGUCAUACCCAUUGUGCUCGGCGCUUUGGCCCUGCUUACCACCAAAGCUGUGAUUGUUGCCAAAAUCGCUUUGUUGUUGGCUCUGAUUGUCAGUGGCUCGCGCUUCUUCGGUGGUCUGGGCAAUAAGUUCGGUGGUGCUCUUGGUAGUGGCUAUAAUGCGGCUGGUUGGUCAGGUGGCAACUCUGCUGGUUGGUCUUCGGGUGCUGCCUCAUCGUAUCCUUAUGCCCGCAGCUUGGAUGCCCAACAGUUGGCUUACAGUGAACAAGCGCCCGCAGUCAACGACGAAGAAGCUGAAGAGCUACAGCUCUAAAUGUUGAGCUCAACAGGUGUUCACCAUUACAGUGGAAAUGCCAAAAAUGUGCCUUCAUUAAAGUUUACAUUAUGCUAAUUGUUUUAAUGUAUACUUGGUAGUUCGUAGUAAUUUAUUAAAAAGAAAAUUUUUAUUUAAAUACCUUACUUAAACGACUUGAAAACUGUUUGCUAAUGAUUACAAGUACGAAAAAACCGAAUAGUAUAACGAAAUACGAAAGGAGUUCAAAAACUCAAUUCAUCGCAUUUGAAUAGCUAUUCUUCUUACACCCAAAGUAUAUAUGUAUACAUGUAUGUAUUAAGAUUUGUUAGUACUCAGUUGUUCAAAAUGUACAAAGAUUAGCGAAUAAAGUUUGAACUUAUAACUUAUAUAUUUAGAAAUGGUUUUAUUCUAACCCCACUUAACCAAUGCCUAGGUAUAUGAGGCUCCCAUGAACUUAAAUUAUAACUAACAGUCAAUUUGUGUCUAAAUGAAGCAUAAAUUAAGUAAUUUUGUGUUUGUUAAAAUAUGUUAAUAAACUAAGGUUGAAAUACUUAGUUUAUGAAAAAUUUAGGAUAGAAUAAGAGCAAAUCUAGAGAGUGCUUGUUUAGACAUGUGGAUUUCAAUGAGGAUUUGGUCUUUUUGAUAGCUAUUAAUUGAUUUAAACUCAGUAGGGCUUGCCAUUUGUUAACAAUAAUUUAACAGUUAUUCGAGCAACUAUGGAUCGGUUUCGUACCUUGCUUACUCUAGUUGAUCAUGCGCCUUCUCAGAGACGCCGUGUAGUAUCGAAGAAGACCAUCACUCCAUUCACUUUCAGGCGCAACACUUGGAGCUGUACCCAUUCACUUUAUGGACGAUUUUGCGGCAAAAUCUUGGUGUCCGGGCUUACAAAAUAGAACACGUGCAAGAAUUGAAGCCGAAUAACUAUCAAGCGCACUUUCGGUUAUUUCGCAACAAAUUUUGUUCAGCCAUAAGGCUCACUUUUGGUUGAAUGUGCACAAGGCAUUGUUAAAACGCCGUUACAUUUUCAAAAAGUAUCUGUUUGGGGGUUUCCUUUAUAUAUUUCUUCAAUAACUAAGCCGGGUACUGCGUCGAACAUUUUCAAAGCUGGAGUGUUUUCAUCCAUACGGAUGACAUGACCUAGCCAGCGUAGCCACUGUCUCUUACUUUGCUGAUCAUUCCAUUGAAUGCGGUAUUCACCAAUGCGCAAAGGACCAUAAAUCUAUAGCAGAAUCUUUUACUCUUAAGGUCGACUCAUCAGAUGUUGUCAUCGUCAUGCUCACAACUUCCGGUCUUAGACCAAGUAUCCUCUUGGUAGCCCAAAACCAUCCGUUAGAAGGCGUACUAAAGUGAGAAGACGAAACAUCCCUCCCCAGAAUUGUGCGUUGAGUUUGAGACCCGCAA